CUUUUUCAAACUAAUAAUAAUAAACAUAUAGAUAUAUUAAUUUCUUUUUAAUAAAAUGUGAACUAUUUUAAGCAUUCCCUCAAAUUUAACAUAUUAAAAUUCAUUGAAAUAAUUGAAAGAAUAUAUUUAAACAAUUGAUUUGAACAAUAAAAUCAAUACUUUUAUGUAAUAUCGUUAUAAGUUGAUUAUAAACUAGUUUGCCAUUAUGUCCAAGGUCCAUAUCACUUAGUAUUAAGCUGGAUUCAUAUACCACAUAAAGUCAUUACAUUAUAAACUGUUUAAGUAACAUUUACUUCACUAUGUACUUGCACUUGCCAUCAAAAAUUUAUAAUGAAAUUAAUUCUUUCUAUUAUUGAAUAUAUCGACAACUUAUAACAAGACAUUAACAGUAAUUAGAAUGUUAAUGGAUUUGAAUAUGUAAAUUGUAUAGUAUAUGAAUGAAUCAUGCUGGUUUUACGACCUUUAGGCUUUAACAUAUUAUCAUCCAACUUUUUAGUUAAUUGGACUGCAUUGAGUAGGAUGUAUCUAUCGAUAAUACUAGAUUUCUAUUUUACUGAUAUAUACUCGUAGAAAUAAUUAUGAGUUAUCAUCGUGGUGGUGGUAAUAAGCCAAAGGGUUUCGGAUUCCCUGGUUUUCAAAUGACAGGAACCAAGAGAAGUGGUUCUAAUGUACCACCUCCUCCACCAAACUCAGUAUUGAGUAAGCAGGGAUAUCAUACUAUGAAUUCUAUUACUGAGAAUGCUUUAUCUGCUUGUUGGGGUAUGCCAAAAAAACGUAGUAAGACAGAAGAAGAAUAUUUUGAAGAUGAUGAUGAACCUCCUACAUCUUCUUUGGAAUAUAUACCUGCACCUGGAUCACCAACAUAUGACUUAAUGAAAAAGUCCGAACCAAAAGAAGAUAGCGAUAGCGAAGAAGAUCCUUUAGACGCUUUUAUGGCAGGCAUUGAUGCGGAAGUUAAAAAAAAUAAUUAUGAAGCUCAGUUAGCAGAAGAAGAUCGUAAGGAAGAUAAAUCUAAGGGAUUUAGAGCAGAUAUAGAUGGGGAGGAUGACGAAGAAAGCUAUUACAGGUACAUGGAAGAAAAUCCUACUGCUGGAUUGCAACAAGAAGAAUCAGAUCAGGAAAUCGAAUAUGAUGAAGAUGGAAAUCCUAUAGCACCACCGAAGAAAAAAGAAAUUGAUCCGUUACCAUCGAUUGAUCAUAGUGAAAUAGAAUAUGAGUCUUUCGAAAAGAAUUUUUAUAAUGUACACGAAGAAAUUUCAUCUUUAAGUAAACAGCAGAUUGAUGAUCUAAGGAAGACUUUAGGUAUUAAAGUAUCUGGACCUUCGCCACCAAAUCCUGUCACUAGUUUUGGACAUUUUGGAUUUGAUGAUGCUUUAAUAAAAGCUAUUCGAAAAAAUGAGUAUACACAACCUACGCCAAUUCAAGCUCAAGCUGUUCCUGCUGCUUUAAGUGGAAGAGAUAUUAUAGGCAUUGCAAAAACUGGCAGCGGAAAGACAGCAGCCUUUAUAUGGCCAAUGUUAGUUCAUAUCAUGGAUCAGCGAGAAUUAAAAACUGGUGAUGGUCCUAUCGGUCUUAUUUUAGCACCUACUAGAGAGUUAUCGCAACAGAUUUAUCAAGAAGCAAAGAAGUUUGGUAAAGUGUAUAACAUACAAGUCUGUUGUUGUUACGGAGGUGGUAGUAAAUGGGAACAAAGUAAAGCAUUAGAAGCUGGCGCUGAAAUAGUUGUCGCCACUCCUGGUAGAAUGAUUGAUUUAGUUAAAAUGAAAGCAACAAAUUUAACAAGGGUUACAUUUUUGGUAUUAGAUGAAGCGGAUCGAAUGUUUGAUAUGGGAUUUGAACCUCAAGUACGGUCUAUAUGCAAUCAUGUUAGACCAGACAGGCAGACAUUACUUUUUAGCGCUACAUUUAAAAAGAAAGUUGAAAAACUUGCUAGAGACGUUUUGACAGAUCCAGUAAGGAUUGUACAGGGAGAUGUAGGAGAAGCAAAUACGGAUGUAACUCAACAUGUUAUAAUGUUUCACAAUAAUCCUUCUGGUAAAUGGUCUUGGUUAUUACACAAUCUUGUAGAUUUUUUAAGUACUGGAAGUUUAUUAAUUUUUGUGACUAAAAAGUUGAAUGCAGAGGAACUUGCCAACAAUCUCAAAUUAAAAGAAUUUGAUGUACUACUUUUGCAUGGUGAUAUGGACCAAAUUGAAAGAAAUAAAGUAAUUACAGCAUUUAAAAAAAAAGAUGUCAGUACUUUAGUUGCUACUGACGUAGCUGCUCGUGGUUUGGACAUUCCACAUAUAAAAACAGUUCUGAAUUAUGACGUUGCACGUGAUAUUGAUACGCAUACUCAUAGAAUAGGUCGUACAGGUCGAGCAGGAGAAAAAGGUACCGCAUAUACUCUUGUGACGGAAAAAGAUAAAGAAUUUGCAGGUCAUUUAGUGAGAAAUCUUGAAGGUGCAAAUCAGGAAGUACCUAAAAGCUUAAUUGAUUUAGCUAUGCAAAGCGCUUGGUUCAGAAAGUCUAGAUUUAAAGGUGGAAAAGGUAAAAGUUUGAAUGUUGGCGGUGCUGGGCUUGGGUUCAGAGAAAGGCCCGAUACUUCAACGACUACGAAUGAUUCUUCAUUUCAACCUAGCAGCGGUACUUCGCAAGGGUCCAAAGAUAUAAGUGAAGUUGUUAAAAAAUUAGAAAGACAUGGUCCAGGUAGUGAUCGUCUUUCUGCUAUGAAAGCCGCUUUUCGAAGCCAAUAUAAUUCACAGUUCCGAGCGUCGUCGGAUCAUACGUGGGAACAAACUAUUACACCACCUUCUGUUAUAAUGCCACCACCACCCCCAGUGCCACUAAAACCUAGUGUAGAUCGAUCUAAGGAUAACGAAACCUCCAAUUUUUCUGAAGUGGACAACAAAUUGGAACGAAAGAGAGUACGGAAAAGUCGUUGGGAAUGAUGAAAGUAUAAUUAUGCAAACAUGAUUUUGUGAUCGACUUUCUCAAUAUGAAAAAUUAUUUUAUAUUACAAUAAUAUUUAAUUCCAUCGCCAAUACCUUGCAAUAUAUUAACGCGAGUCUUAUUAACUAUUUGAUAUUUCAUUUCGUCUUUUCCGUUAUUGUAAAUUUAUUGUAUAUAAAUAUGUGUCGAUCAACGAUAUAAAAUUAGUCUUAUAUUUGUUACUAUCAAACAAAUAUUUCUAAAAUAAUAAUAAUUAUAUUAUCACUGAAUAAAUGGAUAUUUCAAAUCUUUAAAUAUUAUAUACACUCUUCUAGAUUUUAUAGUAUUAUAUUAAACAAUUUUCAUCAACUUACUUUUUUCAUAUCAAUCACUCUCGUUUUCAUUAUAUUCUUCAGAAAUUGAAAAUUGGUAAAGCUGUUAAUGAAAAUAAAUGAAAUAAUAUUAUCUUAUCUUAUAACAUAUGCGAUUUAUUUGAUAUUUCAAUAUGAUUUUUGAUUUACAUGCUUACAUGUUUGAUAAAAAGCGUAUUUAUUUUGCAUACGAAGUUUAGAUAAUCAUUUAUAGCACUAUUCAUGCGAUACAAAUACUUAACAAUCGUUAAAAUAUUUUGAUUCUUGUGAUAAUGAAAUAAAAAAAGAUCAAAAUUCAUUAGCUGUGAUAUAGCAAGGUAUUAAUAAAACACCUAUAUUGUGGAAUAACAUAUUUUAACGCUUGAAUACGUAUUGUUUUUAAUCAAAUUAUUAUAAUUAUAAUAAUAAAUUUUCAAAAUACCUUAUAUCAAGUAUAUUAGAAAUUUUCGUAACAAUCGCAUAGUUACUUUCUUAUGUAAAAACUUGCAUAGGUUGCAUUUACGUCUUCCCAAACACGUGCACAUUCGACCCUCCAUUUGCUUAGAAUGAAUCAUCUCGUAAUUAUUCCAAUAAGGACUUAUGACCAUGAUCACCUAGUCACAGUUUUCUCAAUAAUCCAUUCUUUACUGAAACACCUUAACUAUAUACACAUACGUAUCUAGAAUAUAUUCCGUUUCAAUCUGGAGCAAUGAAUUUUCUGCUGCCUUGUGGUAAAAGGAGGGGGGAUCGAUCUUUCGUAUGUAAUCGAGGAAAUACUGCGUAAUUCGAUGUUGUAGAAAUUUUAAUAGAUUUUCCUAAUAAUUAUACGAUUUUCAUAAGAUCGUAAUUUUUCCCCGUAAAUGGAAUCUCGCAAAAAUAUAUCUACCAAUCUCUCUUCUCGUGUAACGUCCUCCAAGUUCCGACAAAGCGGCGAACGAUGCCGAUGCUAGUAGGUGCUUUAUUAA